CCUUAGCGACCAUGUUGUGUCUAUUGUUUUUAUGUUGAGCUGUCUUCGCCUGUUACAGGAGAGGAAACAACGGCGUUUAGCUGUAAAAACACCUUUAGCCGCUUCUGGACAUGGACUGGAAUACGUCCUAGUCUCCUCUGAACACGUUCAAAAUGAACAACAAAGGCUGGCUGGAGCUGGAGAGUGAUCCAGGACUGUUUACUUUGCUGGUGGAAGAUUUUGGUGUCAAAGGCGUCCAAGUUGAGGAAAUCUAUGAUCUGCAAAGCAAAUGUCAAAGUCCUGUUUAUGGCUUCAUCUUCCUGUUUAAGUGGAUUGAAGAGCGCCGGUCCAGGAGGAAAGUCAACACCUUGGUCGAUGAGACGUCGGUCAUAGAUGAGGAAAUUGUAAAUGAUAUGUUCUUCGCUCAUCAGCUGAUACCCAAUUCAUGUGCCACUCAUGCUUUGCUGAGUGUUCUCCUGAACUGCAGCGGAGUCGAGCUCGGCACCACCCUCAGUCGCAUAAAAGCUUUUACCAAAGGCUUCAGUCCUGAGAGCAAAGGCUAUGCUAUAGGGAACGCCCCAGAGCUUGCAAGGGCACACAACAGUCAUGCCAGACCGGAGCCGAGGCACCUGCCUGAGAAACAGAACGGGAUCAGUGCAGUGCGGACGAUGGAGGCCUUCCACUUUGUCAGCUACGUGCCAAUCAAAGACCGCCUCUUUGAGCUUGAUGGGCUCAAGGCUUACCCCAUUGAUCACGGGCCCUGGGGAGAGGAUGAAGAAUGGACUGACAAGGCUCGCCGUGUUAUUAUGGAGAGGAUCGGCCUGGCGACUGCUGGUGAGCCGUACCAUGAUAUCCGCUUCAACCUGAUGGCAGUGGUGCCUGACCGCAGAAUGAAGUACGAGUCCAAACUGGAAAUUCUAAAGAGGAACCGACAGACCAUUCUGGAGGGUCUGCAGAAGAUGAUCCGGCUUACUCAGUCUGAGGCUGUCAAUGACAAGAAGCAGCAGAACUCUUCGUCUCCGGAUGAAAACACCAUCAAGAAGGAAGCAGAUGCAGAUUCAGUGGAUGAGUCAACUCAGUCCAAGGAUAGAGCUGGCACAUCUGGAAGCUCAAAGGUCAUGGGUAAACCACCGACCCCCGCAGGAGGAGGCGCCCAGCAAGUCAACCCCGUUGUUCAGCGCCUGCCUGCUUUCCUCGACAACCACAACUACGCCAAGUCCCCGAUGCAGGAGGAGGAGGAUCUUGCAGCCGGUGUUGGACGUUCUCGCGCAGCAGCCCCCCCCCAGCCAUCGUUCUCAGAUGAUGAGGACGAAUUUGAUGAGGAUGAGGAAGAAGCAGCAAGUUCUGCAAGUGCUUCUAGCAGAUUUAGGCGAAAGGCGAGCCUGCGGUCCAGAGCGGGACGUGUUGGAACUGGCAUGGAGAGCCAGAUUGCCCUCAAUGUUCUGGCAGAGAAACUGAAGAAGGAGGCUCAAAGGAAAGAUGGUGUAAAUACCCCUCUGUCGGUGCGCACUGAAGGUCGCACCGGGGGGAUCUGCAUCACGUCCGCCUCGCAGCCUUCCCCCACACCCAGCAACGAAAGCACAGACACGGCCUCUGAAAUUGGCAGCGCUUUCAACUCCCCGCUGCGCUCGCCGGCUCGCUCCCAGGCGGCCACGCGCCCGUCGAGCCCGGUCGCGUCCCAUCUGUCCCGUGUGCUGUUCGGAGAGGAUGAAAUGUUGAGGCUGGACUCCAGACAUAACCGGGCUGUAAGAGAACUUGGUCCUUCAGUCAGUGCAUCGCUGCUACACCUACAGGAUGACGGUGUCAUCUAUGCUCUCCCUCCAUCGGGAGAUUCUGCCGAAGGCGCGAAGCUCUGCACCCCUGAGAAGGUAAAACUCAAAGUGAAAGAAGAUGAAAAAGACGGCAUAAAAGAGGGAGAUGAGGGACCAUCUGUAGUCGUGAAGAAAGAAGACGAGAACGGAGAUGGAGCGGAGGUGAAACCUGGCAAGGAAAAGCUCAACGUUACAGAGUCUGGCGCAGACAGCAAGCCACCAGGGGAUAAGUAUUCUCCAAAAGAGCUACUCGCACUACUCAAGUGUGUAGAGGCUGACAUCGCCAAUUAUGAGGUGUUUCUAAAGGAGGAAGUAGAAAAGAGAAAGAAAUUCAAGAUAGAUGAUCAGAGGAGGACCCAUAAUUACGACGAGUUUAUCUGCACAUUUAUAUCAAUGUUGGCCCAAGAAGGAAUGUUGGCCAGCCUCGUGGAGCAAAACAUUUCUGUGCGCCGCCGGCAGGGAGUAAGCAUCGGCCGGCUGCACAAGCAGAGGAAGCCCGAUCGGCGGAAGCGCUCCCGACCUUACAAAGCCAAGCGUCAGUAAUCACAGACCGUCAUAAUAGUCAUAAUCAAUGAGAACCAAGCAAUCACUGCAAGGGAAAUAAAGGAUGUUGCUGCACUUCUGAAAAUCAUUCCUUUAGACAGUAUUGUGCUGUAUUUGCCUCACUUUAUGUACACUUUUUUGGUCGUGCACAUAUAAAUAUUUCUGUGUAAUGCUUGCAUUAUUUUUAUUGGCUGCUCUUUUUCACAUUAGUGUCACAGCUAAUUUCAUAGACAUUGAGUUUAUGUAAAACCUCUGAGUUAUUAACAAAAAUUCAAUAUUUCCUCAGUGCCAAUGAAGUAUUGAAUGUUUUUUUUGGUCAGACAUUUUGUAUUCUUUCAGUGACUUUCAGCCUCAACACAUUCAGUGGAGGAAUUUACUCUGUAACAUAAUGUUGUCUUUUUAUCAUGUUAUUUAAAUGUGGCAAUAUCACAUUGUAAGGGUUUGAAAUGCCAUUUGCUAUUACAGGUCUUGUCUUUCUGAAGGUUCUGCAAAUAUAAAAAACAGGUUUUUGUGUUUGUACCUGUUUUGGAUCUCAGAGUUGAGUUGUUAGGUUGAACGUGUGUUGCUGUACAUUUUUGUAUAUAUUUACAUGUUAAUUGGCCUGUAUAAUAAAUUUGGUCAUUCUCUGCUUGCCAUUUUAUUCAGAAAUAAAGUUGGUCAAAGCA